AUGUACUCCGGCGGUGCGACCGGCACUCACACUCCUCGAUCAUCCCAGAACCUCCGCCCUCUUAUCCUCACUCAUGGCUCUUUGGAGUACUCCUUCCUGAUACCUACCGGUCUCCAUUUCCAGGCAUCUCAGCUGAAAGAUGCGUUCAAUGCAUCACUCCCAGAACCCACAGAUGAGCUCGCUCAAGAUGACGAGCCUUCAUCAAGUGCCGAGCUAGUCGCCCGCUACAUUGGCUUCAUUGCCGCUGAAGUCGAUGAUGACGAGGAGGCUGCUGGAUUUGUUGAAGUGCUCAAGGUGGCUUUGAACGAGUUUGAGCGAGCUUUCAUGCAUGCGAAUGAUGUACAUGCUUUGGCUGCAACCCUGCCCGGGAUUACGGCGAAGAAAAAUCUUUUGGUUCAGUGUUACUACGCUGGUCGUGCGGCAGUGGCACGGCCUAUCAAACCCCACGACUCGGCUCUGCUUCGGGCAGCAGAUGAUGAGGAGGCCAGCAUUUUUACCGUCUUUGGCGGGCAGGGAAACAUUGAAGAAUAUUUUGAGGAGCUGCGCGAGGUCUAUACCACAUAUCCAUCAUUCACCAAAGAUCUGAUUGAAUCCUCGGCCGAGCUGCUGCAGACAUUGGCUAGAAGUCCAAAGGCGGACAAGUUUUACACCAAAGGCCUCGACAUACUAAGCUGGCUCGCCGACAAGGAAACACAACCUGACACCGAUUACUUGGUCUCUGCGCCGGUCAGCUUGCCCUUGAUCGGACUGGUCCAGCUUGCCCACUAUCAGGUGACCUGCAAAGUCCUUGGGAAGACGCCUGGUGAGGUCAAUGAACGGCUCAAUGGCACCACAGGCCACUCUCAGGGUGUAGUCACCGCUGCGGCUAUUGCCACUGCAACUUCGUGGGAAAGCUUUGCAAGAGCGGCCAGAGAUGCCAUCACCAUGCUCUUCUGGAUCGGCAUGCGGAGUCAGCAAGCCUACCCUCGCACAAGUAUUGCGCCCUCGAUCCUGCAAGAUUCGCUGGAAGCCGGGGAAGGCAAUCCCACACCUAUGCUUUCGGUGCGAGACCUGUCUAAGAAGCAACUCCAAGAGCACAUCGACGCCACCAACGAGCAUUUGCCCAAAGAUCGACAUAUUGCCAUUUCUCUGGUAAACAGUGCCCGUAACUUCGUCGUGACCGGUGCUCCAAUCUCUCUGCAUGGUCUCAAUCUUCGACUACGGAAGGUCAAGGCUCCCACUGGUCUAGACCAAAACCGCAUUCCCUUUACGGAGCGUAAAGUGCGCUUUGUCAACCGGUUCCUACCAAUUACCGCUCCCUUCCACAGCCCCCUGUUAAGUGAGGCAUACAAGCAGAUCCUCGAGGACUUGGCCGACACUAAGAUUCCCGCGUCUCGUUUGACUAUUCCCGUGUACGACACAAACACUGGUGAGGAUCUUCGCGCCCAGCAAGACAAGGAUGUGGUCCCGGAUCUUGUGCGUAUGAUAACCCAGGAUCCAGUUCACUGGGAGCAGGCUACAGUCUUUGAAGGCGCCUCCCACAUCAUCGAUUUUGGCCCAGGAGGUAUUUCAGGCCUUGGAGUUCUCACCAACCGCAACAAAGAUGGCACCGGAGUGCGCGUGAUUUUGGCUGGUGCCAUGGAUGGGACCAACACGGAAGUUGGGUACAAGCCCGAACUCUUCGACCGCGACGAGGAACAUGCCGUGAAAUAUGCGACCAACUGGGUCAAGGAACAUGGACCCAGACUUGUCAAAACUUCCGUUGGUCAAACCUACGUAGACACCAAGAUGUCGCGCUUGCUGGGUGUGCCGCCUUUGAUGGUUGCUGGCAUGACUCCCUGCACUGUGCCGUGGGACUUCGUUGCCGCGACCAUGAAUGCCGGCUACCACAUUGAAUUGGCCGGUGGCGGUUACUACAAUGCAAAGAGUAUGACUGAAGCAUUGAACAAGAUUGAGAAGGCAAUUCCACCUGGCCGAGGCAUUACAGUCAACUUGAUCUAUGUCAAUCCCCGUGCUAUGGGCUGGCAAAUCCCGCUUCUCGCCCAGCUCCGUGCUGACGGUGUGCCCAUCGAAGGCUUGACUAUCGGUGCAGGUGUGCCAUCGAUCGAGGUUGCUCAAGAAUACAUCGAUACCCUCGGGAUCAAGCACAUUGCCUUCAAGCCUGGGUCUAUGGACGCCAUCCAGCAAGUCAUUAACAUCGCCAAAGCCAAUCCAACAUUCCCUGUCAUUCUGCAAUGGACUGGUGGACGCGGUGGUGGCCAUCACUCUUUCGAAGAUUUCCAUCAGCCAAUCAUCCAGAUGUACGGCCGUAUUCGAAAAUGCCAGAAUAUUAUCCUGGUGGCAGGUAGCGGUUUUGGCGGAUCUGAAGACACUUAUCCGUAUCUGACCGGUACAUGGUCGCGCAAAUUCGGCUAUCCGCCGAUGCCUUUUGAUGGUAUCCUCUUUGGCAGUCGUAUGAUGACGGCGAAGGAGGCCCAUACUUCUUUCAAUGCAAAGAAGGCCAUUGCUGAAGCUGAAGGUGUUGAUGACUCCGACUGGGAGAAGACAUACAAAGGAGCCGCUGGCGGUGUUAUCACUGUCCGAUCGGAGAUGGGCGAGCCAAUUCACAAGCUUGCGACUCGCGGUGUCAAAUUCUGGGCGGAGAUGGAUCAGAAGAUCUUUAGCCUGGAUAAAAAGAAGCGCGUCGCAGAGCUUAAGAAGCAACGCGAGUACAUCAUCAAGAAGCUGAACGACGACUUCCAGAAAGUUUGGUUCGGCAAGAAUUCUGCAGGUGAGACAGUCGACCUUGAGGACAUGACCUAUGCCGAAGUGAUUCGACGUAUGGUCGAACUUAUGUACGUGAAGCAUCAAUCCCGGUGGAUCGAGGUCACGCUGCGUAAUCUCACUGUCGAUUUCAUCCGACGAGUCGAGGAACGUUUUACUGUCGGCUCAGGAAAACCCUCCCUCAUCCAGAGCUACGCAGAAUUCGAGAACCCGUUCCCUGUUGUGGACAAGGUUCUAGCCGCAUAUCCCGAGGCUGAAACUCAGUUGAUCAAUGCGCAGGACGUCCAGCACUUCCUGCUCUUGUGCCAGCGACGCGGUCAAAAGCCUGUGCCAUUUGUUCCCUCUCUCGACGAAAACUUCGAGUUCUGGUUCAAGAAGGAUUCUCUCUGGCAAUCCGAGGAUCUUGAUGCUGUGGUUGAUCAGGAUGUUGGCAGGACCUGCAUCUUACAAGGACCCAUGGCUGCCAAAUACUCAACCAAGGUCGAUGAGCCCAUCAAAGAAAUUCUGGACGGCAUUCACCAUGACCACAUCCGAGGACUGAUCCAAGAUUUCUAUGGUGGACGUGAUUCUGCCGUUCCUGUCAUCGAGUAUUUUGGUGGGAAGAUCAUCACUUCUGCGGAGAGCGUGGUGGAGCUGGAUGGUGUCACUGUCAUCCCCGAUGGGUCACGGACCACGUACAGGCUCUCAACUUCGCCAUCUGCUACACUGCCCGAUGCUGAUGCUUGGAUUCAGCUUCUCGCUGGGAAAAACUACUCAUGGCGACAUGCCUUCUUUACAGCUGAUGUUUUUGUACAAGGUGCUCGCUAUCAGAACAAUCCUAUCAGACGCAUCUUAGCUCCGACGCGUGGCAUGACUGUCGAAAUCGCUCAUCCAAAGGACCCUUACAAGACCACGAUCGUCGUCAAGGAGCCCAGCCAAUCUGGAAAGUUGGUCAGGACGCUCGACAUUAGUCUGUUCGGCAAGAAUGAGAUCCUAAUGAAUAUGUGGGAAGAAAGGACAGCAGAAGGAGAGCCCGUUGCCCUUCCUUUCAAAUUUAUUUACCAUCCGGAAACUGGCUAUGCGCCAAUUCAUGAAGUUAUGGAUGGUCGCAACGACCGCAUCAAGGAAUUCUACUACCGGGUUUGGUUUGGCGAGAAGGAUGUGCCAUUUGACACCCCUACCACGAACGUCUUCGAUGGGGGCAGGGCGACUAUUGUAACUCAAGACGUUGCCGACUUUGUCCACGCAGUUGGAAAUACUGGUGAAGCCUUCGUCGACCGCCCUGGUAAGGAAGUCUUUGCACCCAUGGACUUUGCUAUUGUGGUUGGGUGGAAGGCUAUCACGAAACCAAUUUUCCCUCGCGCGAUCGACGGUGACCUUCUCAAGCUCGUCCACCUGUCGAAUGGCUUCCGCAUGCUUCCUGGCGCUGAACCCUUAAAGGUCGGCGAUGAGCUUCACACCUCUGCCCGCAUCAACGCGGUGCUCAAUCAAGACUCUGGCAAAAUGGUAGAGGUUUGCGGCACUAUCACCCGCAGAGGACAGCCGGUGAUGGAAGUUACAAGCCAAUUCCUGUACAGGGGCACCUACGAGGAUUACGAGAAUACCUUCCAACGCAAACAGGAGACGCCAAUGCAAGUCACACUGGCCACGUCAAAAGACAUUGCCGUUCUUCGAUCCAAGGAAUGGUUUCACCUUGAUGAGCCGGAUAUCGACCUGCUGGGACAAACUCUGACAUUCCGUCUGUCAAGCCUCGUCCGCUUCAAGAACAAGUCCGUCUUCUCCAGCGUAGAGACUAUGGGUCAGGUCGAAUUGGAACUACCUACCAAGGAAAUCAUUCAAGUUGCAUCCGUCGAGUAUGAAGCGGGAGUCUCUCAUGGCAAUCCAGUGAUUGACUACCUCCAGCGAAACGGCCAAACUAUUGACCAACCUGUCAAUUUUGAGAACGCAAUCCCUCUCAGUGGCAAGACUCCUUUGACUCUGAGGGCGCCAGCUUCAAAUGAGACCUAUGCUCGCGUAUCAGGCGACUACAAUCCUAUUCACGUGUCGCGGAUAUUUGCCAGCUACGCAAACCUUCCUGGUACAAUCACUCAUGGCAUGUAUUCCAGCGCUGCCGUCCGAAGCCUGGUGGAGACUUGGGCCGCAGAGAACCAUAUUGGACGUGUUCGAAGCUACCAUGUCUCCUUGGUUGGCAUGGUCCUCCCCAAUGAUGACUUGGAGGUCAAACUCGAGCACGUCGGCAUGGUUGCUGGUCGAAAAAUAAUCAAGAUUGAGACGACCAAUAAAGAAACCGGCGACAAAGUUCUCGUUGCUGAAGCUGAAGUUGAGCAGCCUGUGUCGUCGUAUGUGUUCACGGGUCAAGGCUCGCAAGAACAAGGCAUGGGCAUGGACCUCUACGCUCGCAGUCCCGUGGCCAAGGAGGUGUGGGACCGCGCCGAUCGUCACUUCAUGGAUAACUAUGGUCUCUCCAUCAUUAAUAUUGUCAAGAACAAUCCCAAAGAAUUGACCAUCCAUUUUGGUGGGCCACGUGGCAAAGCCAUUCGACAAAACUACAUGGCAAUGACCUUCGAAUCCAUCAAUGCUGACGGCUCUGUCAAAUCCGAGAAGAUCUUCAAGGAGAUCAACGACAACACCUCGUCUUACACCUACCGCUCCCCCACCGGUUUGCUGUCUGCCACACAGUUCACGCAGCCAGCCUUGACAUUGAUGGAGAAGGCUGCGUUCGAAGACAUGCGCUCCAAGGGCCUUGUCCAGCGUGACAGCAGCUUUGCUGGCCACUCGCUGGGAGAGUACUCCGCUCUCGCCUCGAUCGCCGAAGUCAUGCCCAUUGAGAGCUUGGUGUCAGUCGUGUUUUACCGCGGUUUGACCAUGCAAGUUGCCGUGGAGCGUGAUGAGCAGGGACGAAGCAACUACUCGAUGUGCGCCGUAAACCCGAGCCGGAUCUCCAAGACGUUCAAUGAACAGGCUUUACAAUAUGUCGUGGAGAACAUUGCCGAGACCACUGACUGGCUGGUGGAGAUCGUCAACUACAACGUUGCGAACAUGCAAUAUGUGUGCGCUGGUGAUCUGCGCGCGCUUGACUGCUUGACAAAUGUGCUCAACGUCCUCAAGAUGCAGAAGAUUGACAUCCAAGCCUUGAUGCAACAGAUGUCUCUGGACGAUGUGAAGGCUCACCUGGUUGAGAUCAUUGGUGAAUGUCGCAAGCGGACGGAGGCCAAGCCGCAGCCGAUCGAGCUCGAACGCGGCUUUGCCGUUAUUCCACUCAAGGGCAUUGACGUUCCUUUCCACAGCACCUUUUUACGAUCUGGCGUCAAACCGUUCCGUUCUUUCUUGCUGAAGAAGAUCAACAAGACAAGCAUAGACCCGGCCAAACUGGUUGGGAAAUAUAUUCCCAAUGUGACGGCGAGACCCUUUGAGAUCUCCAAGGAAUAUUUUGAAGAGGUGUAUCGACUGACCAACUCACCUCGUUUGGCGAAGAUCUUGGAAGACUGGGAUUCAUAUGAAAAUGCAGGAGAUUCAGGGGCUCAGAUGGAUAUCUCAUUACUCGUUCGAGCUGUCAUCACCGCUUUUGACGACGCUACGAAACUGGUACAGCGCAUUCGUGACCAAAGAACGAAGAACAGUGGCACGCAAUUACCAGAAGACGCAACCCGAGACCUCCUGGAAUCUCUUGCCCUGGGGCCUGUUAUUGUCCGUGGCCACUAUGAACAUGAUCUCAAACGAUUCGGGGAGCCUUAUGCCUGCGGUGACAUACAAGCACGAGAACAGCUGAAAGAUGUCUUGAUCAAUUUACAAAUGUCCCUGAUCAUCACCUUGAGGACAGUGUACAUGGACGGGAUCGAACUUGACUCUGUUGCCCUCCAGACUGCGUCAGACGAUUGCCGAGUCAAUGCUGGUGUUUGUCUGGGUCAACUGUCUCAGCGACUUUCGGAUGCUAUGAAAGCGCAGGCAUUCUACCCUCAAACGUUGUCUUAUUCGUCAUCCUCUGGCUUGAUGUCUCCUCUAUCUCCAUCGCUGGGCUAUUCAAGCAGCCACAGCACCCACUCAUCUAUCGCCUUUCCAGCUCCAGGGACUCCUGACGCUUUGGCGGAGCAGCUUGGUCAGCUUCGCGUGUCGUCCUUGUCACAUCAUCCAUCUGGAGAACGUACAAUGUCGAUUAGUUCUGGUGGCUCUCAAGAGAACUAUCCACAUUCAAAGUCCAAGACAGUUUAUCGGCCAGCCGCCGCCAGAUUUCAUGUAAACCUACCGUCUAUGGGAGUUCACAGGAUUGACGAAGCCGAUGACAGGAGUCUGCGACGAAGGUCAUCCCAGGCUCUGCCAUCGGAUGACAACAUCCUCUUGAUGUUCCCUGCACCCGGUGGCCAGCCUGUAUUGAACCCUCCAACAAGUGCACAAGAAAUUGAUCGAGACUCAUAUAUCUCGACUGGGAGAAACAGCCACACACCUUCGUUACCUGAUCUCUCUCAACCACCUAGCGAUCGUCAAACUCAGGGUUCUAGAGUUCGCUUUGGCCCAGAUGACUAUGAUGACUAUGCUGCCCGAGGGGAUGGCAUGUCUGGAGCGAACGGCAGUACGAAAUCGGGCAAAGGGAACAAUCCUGCGGCAAAGACGAGGGACGUGGCAAAGGCAACGACACCUAUCUUUGGCAACGUACAAAGCUUCAUGCAACAUCUCGAGGGCGUCCAUCGGCACCAGGGCGGUUGGCCGAACGCCGAGAUGGUUGGUCGCUUCCACGUUGUGGUGGGCAGAACGGCACUGGCAGACGAAACUGACUGGGAGUUGAAUUUUGUUCCACCGUGA